AUGGCUGAAGUACACGCUGGUGGCAAACGAGGAAAGACCUCUGGCGAACAUGGAGUUCCAUGGGGCUUGCUCGUUGUUCUCCUUGUGCUGUUGGGCUUGUGCUACCAGCUCCUUCAGCAGGAGGCAACGAGAAAGGAGGUGACAGUCCUCUUGGCAGGACUUCGAACUUCCAUCUUUGGCGCGGCUGAAUCUCGAAGCGCGCUGCCGCAGGGACCUCCGGAACUUCCAAGAGAUGUACAAGUCCUAGUUUUCUUCGUGUUGGCCAUCUUCAUCAUGAACUGGUCUGUGCGGAUAGUGCUGGUGGAGCCACUGGCUCGGCUGGUGGUGGGCGUCCGUGGGGACGUGUUGGUGAAGUUCUCGCAGUCGGUCCUGGAGGCCCUCAUCUACGGGACCUUCUCUCUUAUCGGCAUCUCCAUUGUUCCGUCUCAGCCUUGGUCUUGGCCGUCGGCAAACUGGUGGCGGGGCUUUGACAGCGGCGAGCACUUGGUGAUGCGGUCUGACCUGCGCUGCUUCUACAUCCUGUAUGGGGCACGCUACAUCCAGGCCGCUGUCACAGUGCUGCUGGAACCCAAGAGAAAAGAUUUCCUGGAGAUGAUGGUGCACCACGUCGUCACCAUCGGUGUGGUGUAUGUGUCAUACCUCGGCGGCUACAACCGCGUUGGUGUAGUGGUCAUGGUUUUGCUGGACCCAGCUGACGUGCCACUUCAUCUUGCGAAGCUGUGCAAGUACACGGCCGAGCAGCUGAAGAUGAACAUGUGGCAGUUCGUGGCUGACAGACUCUUCGAGUUCUUUGCGGUCCUGUUUGCAGUGACACGCCUCAUCAUGUUCGGGUACGUAUGCUGGUCGGCUCAUAUUGAGUCCGCUGCGUACUUCAAACACUCCUUCGCCGCUACCUUGUGCGUCAUCUUGCUCUACCUCCUCAUGGUCUUGCAGGUCUACUGGUUUGGCCUGAUCCUGAAGGUCGCCAUCAGGCUCCUCCGAGGGCAUGGCGCUGAGGAUAUCCGAUCGGACGACGAAGAUGAGGAGCCGGAAAAGAAGGACAGCAAGAAAGAUUCCUGA